AUGGGUCUUGCAAAAGAGAUUACUUCAGAGCAAAGAGGUGCAAUUUUUGCAUGCCAAAAACUUUGUAUUACGCAAGAAAAAACUGCAGAAAUUGCUGAGUGUUCUCAGGCAACAGUUUCUCGA